AUGGAUCUCACAGACUUUUCAAAAUACAAGAGGUUCAACGGUGGCUACCGCUACAUUCUCGUGGCGAUCGAUUCCCUCUGCCGUUUUCUGCGCACCCUUCUGCUAAAGACAAAACGCCCUGCCGAAAUGAAAAGGGCCACGAUAAGACUUUUCUGGGAAGGUAACGCGUCUAUACGCAUCUUUUGCGACAGAGGAGGGGAAUUGUACAAGGAGACCUUCAAGAAGCACCUAGCACGAAAGAAGGUCUUCAUGUAUUCCACCUUCUCUCCAGUAACGAAAGCAUCACAGGCAGAACGGGUCACAAGGACAUUACACGACAGAAUAUUUCAUUAUUUUAGAGUAACCGGAAAAUACCACUUCGUUUCCGUGCUUCCCAAGAUCGUGCGCGACUACCACAACACCAAACAUAGGACGUUGGGCAUCAGCCCAUCCGAAGUCACGCCCGAAACCAAAUUGGAGCUCUUCAAUAAAAUAAAUGGGAAGCCUGUCAUACCCUCUAUGAAAAAGAAGCUCAAAUUGGGGUAUAAAGGGAGGGUCCUACUACACAGGGAAGGUUUUCAAAAGAGCUCGGAAGGGAGUUGGUCUCCUCAGAUUUUCACUGUUUCCCGCUUGAGAGACACCUCCCCUCCUGUCGUGCAUCUGGAAGAUUACCGGGGCAAGGAAGUGGACGGAUCUUUCUACCCCAAGGAGCUACUCGUCGUAACCCGCGACGCUGAGAUGAAUUACGGAUCCUUGUCAUACGUGACAUCGCAAAGAAAAAAGGCGCGAAAGACAGAAGGCGGGGUUGGCAAAGUACGCACGACAGCGUCGCAAUGCGAGGAGGAGGAGAACGGUGUAGCAACUAUAAAUGGUGCACCGGUCCUACGACGAUUGAUCGAAAGCCCAUGA